UUUUCCUCCACAAAGCUGAUAAAUGUGGGCAGGCUAGGCUUCUGUUUCCGUGAUGUGAAGAGCUGACACCUGCCUGGUUGGAGCUGGCCUCCCUUCACAGCUGCCAGAAGCACCGGGCUCCACCACACGAGGACACCCAGCCCCACCUGGCUCACUCUCUCAAGGCCACAGUGCAGAAGCCUACAGCUGUCCCCCAGUCCCCCUGCCAAGCCACCCGGGAUUUCCAGCAACUGCUGUCAGCAUGGCCGAGGCCCCUGUGGACCCAAGUGAGACAGACCUUGAGCAAAGCAUCCUGCGGGUACUGAGGGAGGCUGGCUCCCCUGUGAAGACUGCCCAGCUGGUAAAGGAAUGCCAAGUGCCCAAGAAGAAACUCAACCAAGUCAUCUACCGGCUGAAGGCAGAGUCGCAGGUGGCCCUCGUAGGCCCCGGAACGUGGUGCUUGGGCGACGGUGGGACUGGAGAAGUGGUUCCUGCAGAAGGGGCCCAGCCCAGCCAGGCAGAGAGACCCCAGCAAGGAGCAGUUACAAUCCCAGAGAGACCUGGCUCUCUGCUCAGUGAACAGCAGAAAAGGAUCUACCGGUUUCUGGAAGCAAGAGGGCCUUGUAAGGCCCUGAUCAUUGCCCAGUCCCUGGGAUUGAGGACAGCAAAAGAAGUCAACCCAGACUUGUAUGCCCUGAGGAUAAAGCACCUUGUGGACUAUGACCAGAAUUCAAAUGUAUGGAAAAUUUAUCAACCAGCAGAAGUUUCUGGAGGAGGAAAUCAGUCCACCACAAUCAUUUACCAGCAAAACCCCACCAACGUGAUCAGCCAGAAUGGCCCAAACAGCCACAUUUCCAUUAAGAACUCUGCAGCCAUCCAGAUCGGACACAGGAACACCAUACUGAGCCAGACGGCUUCUGGGGAGAAUGGCCCCACAGCUCCCCUCAACCUCCCUCUACUGGCAUCAACUGAUCCGUCAACUCAGGACCCCCUGGAUGGAUCCUGGGUGCCCCAGGAUAUCCGCAUGGAGAACUCUGAGCUCAGACGGGUGCAGCUGGGACACGGCAAUGAGAUGAGUCUUCAUAGCACCCCGACCGAGGGCCCUGCCUGCAGCCCAUCUGGCAGGCGCCCAGUCUUUGCCACCACUGGCUCAGAAGCUUCAUUCAAAAUGCGAAUGCCCACACCAGGCCACAGCAAGGGGGAUGUGGAGAGUGUGGCCCAACGAGUCCAUAUCCGUUCCUGCUUCCUGGAAGACGCUGCCAUUGGCAAUCACAACAGAAUGAGAGUCAUCACGGGGGCAGCUGAAGGAGGAGGUGCAGGGCCUGAAGACAGCGAUGGGGACCCUGGGGAGCCGGCAGGUGAUGCACGUCCUCACACAGAAGCUGCUCAGCACAGAGGCAACGUCCCUGACAACGAGGGUCCCACUGAUGCUGACAUUUCCAUGCUCACCUCUCACCUGGAAGCUGUGACUCUCGAAGGCAGGGAUCUGGAAGCUACAGAAGACACCCCCUGAGUGGACAGAACCUCAGACGUGGGGUCCCCAGGGGGAGGUGGGGUUCAGAACAAAGUGCCCAUGGAUGAACUUGCUUCAGCUGAGGCCGGGUGGGAGCCAAUGGAGGCUGGAGAGCCCCUGCGCUGCGCUGUCACGUCCCAUAAAUGU